GUUGGCUUACAUCACUCGUGCAGUGUGACUUUAUUACCUGGACAUGAUGCCCCGUGGAGCGCAGUGAGCAGCGCAGUCUGCACCGACACCUCCCGCUCCUCUCCGCCGCUGACAUGACGCUGUCUCUGGGAUGGUUCUCCGCCGUGUUCGCGGGCUUCUUCUCCGCUCACGUCCUACAGAGACUCUGCUUCCCGUACUUCUGGAGGGACCUGCUGUUCCUGCUCAAGGUGGUACGGUACGGAGUGACGCUCGAGCUCUUCAAAGUGACAUCCCGCGUGCGCACGGUGCUGGACCGGUUCAUCCAGCAGGCGCAGCGGAUCCCGGACAAACCGUUUGUCAUCUACGAGGGCAGCGUGCACACGUACCGGGACAUCGACAGGCGCAGCAACAGGUUCGCUCAGGUGUUCCUGGAUGAGCUGAAGUUAAAGAAAGGGGAAUGUGUCGCGCUCCUGAUGAGCAACGAGCCCGACUUCCUGUGCGCGUGGUUCGGUUUGGCGAAGGUGGGCUGCUCGGUGGCGUUUCUCAACACCAACAUCAAGUCCAAGUCUUUACUCCACUGCUUCAACUGCUGCGGAGCCAAGACCCUCAUCGUGGGCUCAGACUUGUUGGACACUCUGGACGGCAUCCUGACCACGCUGCUGGACGACAGCAUCCGGGUGUGGGCCGUGAAGAGCCACAGCGAGCACACGCAGGUGAACACGCUGCUGGAUAAAAUCGACGCCGCGUCUGAUGAGCCUGUACCUGCAGCGCUACGAGCCACCACCUCCCUCAAAUCCCCCACGCUCUACAUCUUCACCUCGGGGACCACAGGUCUCCCUAAAGCCGCAGUGAUCACCCACCUGCAGAGCCUGAAGGCAGCUGCAGGAUUUUGGGCGUUUGGGGUGACUGAAGACGACGUGAUGUACGUCCCUCUGCCGCUCUACCACAGCGCCGCUUCUCUGAUCGGGAUCGGAGGAACCAUAGAGCUGGGAGCGACCUGCAUCCUGAAGAAGAAGUUUUCAGCUUCACAUUUCUGGAGCGACUGUCGAAAACACAACGUGACCGUUUUCCAGUACAUCGGGGAACUCUGCAGAUAUCUCUGCAACCAGCCUCAGUCGGAUCGGGAUAAGGAUCACAAGGUGGUGAUGGGCGUGGGCAACGGGCUGCGGCCGGACGUCUGGAGGGAGUUUCAUAGUCGCUUUGGAAACAUUAAAAUGUGCGAGGUGUAUGGCUCGACUGAGGGAAACCUGUGCUUCAUGAACCACAUCGGAAAGAUCGGGACGGUCGGACGCUCCAACUUCAUCUACAGGCUCCUGUUCAAGUACGACCUAGUGAAGUACGACAUGCUGCGAGACGAACCCGUGAAAGAUCCGCACGGAUUCUGUCAGCGCGUGGAGCAAGGUGAGACGGGUCUGCUGCUGUCGAAGGUGAGCGCCAUCAGCCCGUUCUUCGGCUACGCGGGCAGCAAACAGCUGACGGAGAAGAAGCUGAUGAGGGACGUGUUCGCCAAAGGAGACGCAUACUUCAACACUGGAGACCUGAUGUCUGAAGAACAGGAGGGCUUCAUCUGCUUCAGAGACCGAGUGGGAGACACAUUCAGGUGGAAAGGUGAAAACGUGGCGACGACAGAAGUGGCGGAGAUCGUGGGUCAGAUGGAUUUUAUACAAGAAGUCAACGUGUACGGCGUGGAAAUACAAGGACAUGAGGGCAGAGCAGGGAUGGCGGCCAUGAUUGUUCGACCCGGUUUUACCUUCGAUGGAAAGAAACUGUUCGAUCAUGUGACGAGGGAGCUCCCGGCGUACGCCCGCCCACUCUUCAUCAGGCUCCAGGAGGAGAUGGAGAUGACGAGCACGUACAAGCAGCAGAAGUUCCAGCUGGUUCAGAGCGGUUUCAACCCGUCGACAGUCCCUGAUCCUCUUUUUGUUCUGGACCAACAGCAGCACUUUUACAUUCCUCUGACUGACACAAUCUACCAGAGCAUCAUCAGCGGGGAGAGGAAACUAUAAAACUCUGAGUGUGUGUGGAUAUGCACAAUCGUUAGCUUUUUAAAUUAAAACCAGUGGGCAAACAAUCAUGUUUAUAAUGAACUAGUCUGAAUGAAAAGCCGUCGACUGAAUAAUAAACAUCACAAGAACACGUUAGAAGUCAUAA